GACUCGGGCAUUUGGGUAUCAGUUUACACGUAACCUUCAGUAAAUACAGUAAUCCGUCAGGGACCCACCCAUCGCCUCUCCUCCUUCCCUCUUCGCUGGAGAAGUCUUCCCCCGCCUUCUCUCCCGGGCGGCGCGGCCGCGAGCUCCAGAGCCCGUGUCUUCUUAACUUCGUUGCUGAAAUUUGCCUUCUGCCCAUUGAGAGCCAUGCUUCGAGUGAUUGUUGAAUCUGCCAGCAAUAUCCCUAAAACGAAAUUUGGGAAACCGGAUCCUAUUGUUUCUGUUAUUUUUAAGGAUGAGAAAAAGAAAACAAAGAAAGUCGAUAAUGAACUCAACCCAGUGUGGAAUGAGAUUUUGGAGUUCGACUUGAGGGGUAUACCACUGGACUUUUCAUCGUCCCUUGGGAUUGUUGUGAAAGAUUUUGAGACAAUUGGACAAAAUAAGUUAAUUGGCACGGCCACCGUAGCCCUGAAAGACCUGAUCGGCGACCAGAGCCGAUCGCUGCCCUACAAACUGAUCUCCCUGCUAAAUGAAAGGGGGCAAGAGACUGGGGCCACCAUUGACCUGGUGAUCGGCUAUGAUCCACCUUCAGCUCCACAUCCGAAUGACCCCAGUGAGACCAGCGUGCCAGGCUUGGGAGGAGAAGAGGAGGAGGAUGGUGGUGAUGAGGACGGGUUGGACAGUACGGUCAGGGUCCCAGGGCCCAGGGGGCCGGGACGGAUGGUGUCGGAAGCUCACCUUGCCCGGAGGCUCACAAAAGGGAAGAGCAGCCGGUGGAUGCUGUCCAACAAGCCACAGGACUUCCAGAUCCGUGUCUGGGUGAUCGAGGGCCGGCAGUUAAGUGGCAACAACAUCAGGCCUGUGGUCAAAGUCCACAUCUGUGGCCAGACCCACCGAACAAGAAUCAAGCGAGGGAACAAUCCGUUUUUUGAUGAGUUAUUUUUCUACAAUGUCCACCUGACUCCUUCUGAAUUGAUGGAUGAGGUCAUCAGCAUUCGGGUUUAUAAUUCCCAUUCUCUGCGGGCAGAUUGUCUGAUGGGGGAAUUUAAGAUUGAUGUCGGAUUCAUUUAUGAUGAACCUGGUCACGCUGUCAUGAGAAAAUGGCUUCUCCUCAGUGACCCUGAAGAUACCAGCUCGGGUGCUAAAGGCUACAUGAAAGUCAGCAUGUUUGUCCUGGGAACCGGAGAUGAGCCUCCCCCUGAGAUACAAGAUCGUGGUAAUGACAGUGAUGACGUGGAGAGUAACUUGUUACUCCCUGCUGGCAUCGCCCUCCGAUGGGUGACCUUCCUGCUGAAGAUCUACCGAGCGGAGGACAUCCCCCAGAUGGAUGAUGCCUUCUCACAGACAGUAAAGGAAAUAUUUGGAGGCAGUGCAGAUAAGAAAAACCUAGUGGAUCCUUUUGUAGAAGUUUCUUUUGCUGGAAAAAAGGUUUGCACAAAUAUAAUUGAGAAAAAUGCAAACCCUGAGUGGAAUCAAGUCGUCAAUCUUCAGAUCAAGUUUCCUUCAGUGUGUGAAAAAAUAAAACUAACAAUAUAUGACUGGGACCGUAUUACCAAAAAUGAUGUCAUUGGGACAACGUAUCUGCACCUCUCUAAAAUUGCUGCCUCUGGUGGGGAAGUGGAAGAUGUCUCAUCUUCGGGAUCUGGGGCUGCAUCAUAUACAGCAAAUACAGGAGAAACAGAGGUGGGCUUUGUUCCAACUUUUGGACCUUGUUAUCUGAACCUUUAUGGAAGCCCCAGAGAGUACACGGGAUUCCCAGAUCCCUAUGAUGAGCUAAAUACUGGAAAGGGGGAAGGAGUUGCCUACAGAGGCAGAAUCUUGGUUGAAUUAAGCACUUUACUUGAAAAGACACCACCAGAUAAAAAGCUUGAGCCCAUUUCAAAUGAUGACCUGCUGGUUGUUGAGAAAUAUCAGCGAAGGCGGAAGUACAGCCUGUCUGCUGUGUUCCAUUCGGCCACCAUGUUGCAAGACGUUGGCGAGGCCAUUCAGUUUGAAGUCAGCAUUGGGAACUAUGGCAACAAGUUUGACACGACCUGUAAGCCUUUGGCAUCAAGCACUCAAUACAGCCGUGCCGUGUUUGAUGGGAACUACUAUUACUACUUGCCUUGGGCCCACACAAAGCCAGUUGUUACACUGACUUCAUACUGGGAGGAUAUUAGUCAUCGCCUGGAUGCAGUGAACACGCUCCUAGUCAUGGCAGAACGGCUGCAAUCAAAAAUAGAGGCUCUAAAAUCAGGGAUACAAGGUAAAAUUCCCGCAAACCAGUUGGCAGAAAUGUGGUUGAAGCUGAUCGAUGAAGUCAUAGAAGACACAAGAUACACGUUGCCUCUCAUGGAAGGAAAACCUAAUGUCACAGUUCUUGAUACUCACAUCCAAAAGCUGCGAUCCAGAGCUCUCUCCCAGAUACACGAGGCAGCUGUGAGGAUGAGGUCUGAGGCCACAGAGGUGAAGUCCACAUUGGCAGAAAUCGAGGACUGGCUCGAUAAAUUAAUGCAACUGACUGAAGAGCCUCAGAACAGCAUGCCUGACAUCAUCAUCUGGAUGAUCAGGGGAGAGAAAAGAUUGGCCUACGCACGCAUUCCCGCGCAUCAGGUUUUAUACUCCACCAGUGGUGACAACGCAUCUGGGAAAUACUGUGGGAAAACCCAAACCAUCUUUCUGAAGUACCCACAGGAAAAAAACAAUGGACCAAAGGUGCCUGUGGAGUUGCGUGUGAACAUCUGGCUGGGCUUAAGUGCUGUUGAGAAGAAGUUCAACAGCUUCGCAGAAGGAACAUUCACCGUCUUUGCUGAAAUGUAUGAAAAUCAAGCUCUUAUGUUUGGAAAAUGGGGCACUUCUGGAUUAGUGGGUCGUCAUAAAUUUUCUGAUGUCACAGGAAAAAUAAAACUCAAGAGGGAAUUCUUUUUGCCUCCAAAAGGCUGGGAAUGGGAAGGAGACUGGAUAGUUGAUCCUGAGAAAAGCUUGCUGACCGAGGCGGAUGCGGGUCACACAGAGUUCACAGAUGAAGUGUAUCAGAACGAGAGUCGCUACCCCCGGGGCCAGUGGAAGCCAGCAGAGGACAGCUACACGGAUGCGAACGGUGAUAAAGCAACAUCACCCAGCGAGCUCACUUGCCCUCCAGGUUGGGAAUGGGAAGAUGACGCAUGGGUCUAUGACAUUAAUCGUGCAGUGGAUGAGAGAGGCUGGGAGUAUGGAAUUAUCAUCCCUCCUGAUAAUAAGCCCAAAUCCUGGGUUGCAGCAGAAAAAAUGUAUCAUACUCACAGACGCCGAAGGCUGGUCCGAAAACGCAAGAAAGACUUAACACAAACCACUUCAAGUACUGCAAGGGCCAUGGAAGAAUUUAAAGACCAGGAGGGCUGGGAAUACGCUUCUUUAAUUGGCUGGAAAUUUCACUGGAAACAGCGUAGUUCAGAUACCUUUCGCCGCAGAUGCUGGAGGAGAAAAAUGGCUCCUUCGGAGACGCAUGGCGCAGCUGCCAUCUUUAAACUUGAAGGUGCCCUUGGUGCAGAUACUACCGAGGAUGGAGAUGAAAAGAGUGUAGAAAAACAGAAACACAGCGCCACUGCUGUGUUUGGAGCAAACACUCCCAUUGUUUCCUGCAAUUUUGACAGAGUCUACAUUUACCAUCUGCGUUGCUAUAUCUAUCAAGCCAGAAACCUCAUGGCUCUAGACAAGGAUAGCUUUUCAGAUCCAUAUGCUCAUGUCUCCUUCCUUCAUCGAAGUAAAACCACCGAGAUCGUCCACUCAACUCUGAAUCCUACAUGGGACCAAACAAUUAUAUUUGAUGAAAUUGAAAUUUAUGGGGAACCCCAAACAGUCCUGCAGAACCCACCCAAGGUUGUCAUUGAACUUUUUGACAAUGACAAAGUGGGCAAAGAUGAGUUUUUAGGACGAAGCAUGUGCUCUCCUCUGGUGAAACUAAACUCAGAAAUGGACAUCACACCCAAACUUCUCUGGUACCCCGUAAUGAAUGGAGACAAAACCUGUGGGGAUGUCCUUGUAACUGCAGAGCUGAUCCUGAGGCACAAGGAUGGCUCCAACCUUCCCAUUCUUCCCUCGCAAAGGGCACCAAAUCUGUACAUGGUCCCCCAGGGCAUCAGGCCUGUGGUUCAGCUCACUGCUGUUGAGAUUCUAGCUUGGGGCUUAAGAAAUAUGAAAAACUACCAGAUGGCUUCUGUCACCUCCCCCAGUCUCAUUGUGGAGUGUGGAGGGGAAAGGGUAGAAUCAGUGGUGAUCAAAAACCUGAAGAAGACGCCCAACUUCCCAAGUUCUGUUCUCUUCAUGAAAGUGUUCUUGCCCAAGGAGGAAUUGUACAUGCCUCCGCUGGUGAUCAAGGUCAUCGACCACCGGCAGUUUGGGCGCAAGCCCGUUGUGGGCCAGUGCACCAUUGACCGCCUGGACUGCUUUCGCUGUGACCCUUAUGCAGGAAAGGAGGACAUCGUGCCACAGCUAAAAGCCUCCUUUUUGUCUACCCCACCCUGCCGGGACGUCGUUAUUGAAAUAGAAGACACCAAACCAUUACUGGCAUCAAAGGUAGGCUUCAGAACUGAUCAUUGGAUGAUGUCAGUUUUAUCUUCCAGGCAUCUAAGCAUUAGACGUUCCUACAUGGCCAUUUCAACAAUUACCUUCCAAUUCCAGUGCUUAAGCAGUAUGUCAACAGCUCUCAGCAAAAUGGCUUCUUCAACGACAGUGCAUCUAACAGAAAAGGAGGAAGAAAUUAUUGACUGGUGGAGUAAAUAUUAUGCUUCCACAGGGGAACAUGAAAAAUGUGGACAAUAUAUUCAGAAAGGCUAUCCCAAACUCCAGAUAUAUGACUGUGAACUAGAGGAGGUAACGGAAUUCGAGGGCCUGACAGACUUCUCAGAUACUUUCAAGCUGUAUCGAGGCAAAUCAGAUGAGAAUGAAGAUCCUUCUGUGGUAGGAGAGUUUAAGGGCUCCUUCAGAAUCUACCCCCUGUCGGAUGACCCCAGCGUGCCGGCCCCUCCCCGGCAGUUUCGGGAACUACCUGACAGCGUCCCACAGGAAUGCACGGUUAGGAUUUACAUUGUUCGCGGCUUAGAGCUCCAGCCCCAGGACAACAAUGGCCUGUGUGACCCUUAUAUAAAAAUAACACUGGGCAAAAAAGUAAUGGAAGAUCGAGACCACUACAUCCCCAACACUCUCAACCCGCUGUUCGGCAGAAUGUAUGAACUGAGCUGCUACUUACCUCAGGAAAAAGACCUGAAAAUUUCUGUCUAUGAUUACGACACCUUUACCCGUGAUGAAAAAGUAGGAGAAACGAUUAUUGACCUGGAAAACCGAUUCCUUUCCCGGUUUGGGUCCCACUGCGGCAUUCCUGAGCAGUACUGUGUUUCUGGAGUAAACACCUGGCGAGAUCAAUUGAAACCAACACAGUUGCUUCAAAAUGUAGCCAGAUUCAAAGGCUUCCCACCACCUGUCCUUUCUGAAGACGGAAGUAGAAUCAGAUAUGGAGGACAAGACUACAGCCUAGAUGAAUUUGAAGCCAACAAAAUCCUGCACCAACACCUCGGGGCCCCUGAGGAGCGCCUUGCCCUUCACAUCCUUAGGACUCAGGGUCUGGUCCCUGAACACGUGGAAACUAGGACUUUGCAUAGCACCUUUCAGCCUAACAUCUCCCAGGGAAAACUUCAGAUGUGGGUGGAUGUUUUCCCCAGGAGUUUGGGGCCACCAGGCCCUCCUUUCAAUAUCACACCCCGGAAAGCCAAGAAAUACUACCUGCGUGUGAUCAUCUGGAACACCAAGGAUGUUAUCCUGGAUGAGAAAAGCAUCACAGGAGAGGAAAUGAGCGACAUCUACGUUAAAGGCUGGAUUCCUGGCAAUGAAGAAAACAAACAGAAAACAGAUGUCCACUACAGGUCCUUGGAUGGUGAAGGGAAUUUUAACUGGAGAUUUGUCUUCCCUUUUGACUACCUUCCAGCUGAACAGCUCUGUCUCGUUGCUAAAAAAGAGCAUUUCUGGAGUAUGGACCAAACUGAAUUUCGGGUCCCACCCAAACUGAUCAUUCAGAUAUGGGAUAAUGACAAGUUUUCUCUGGAUGACUACUUGGGUUUCCUGGAACUCGAUUUGCAUCGCAGCAUCAUUCCAGCAAAAUCACCAGAGAAAUGCAGUUUGGACAUGAUUCCUGACCUCAAAGCCGUGAACCCCCUUAAAGUGAAAACCGCCUCUCUCUUUGAACAGAAGUCCAUGAAAGGAUGGUGGCCGUGCUAUGCAGAUAAAGAUGGCUCCCGUGUGAUGGCUGGGAAACUGGAGAUGACGUUGGAAGUCCUCAAUGAGAAGGAGGCCGACGAGAGGCCAGCCGGGAAGGGACGGGAUGAACCCAACAUGAACCCCAAGCUGGACCCACCAAACCGACCAGAAACUUCCUUCCUCUGGUUCACCAACCCGUGCAAGACCGUGAGGUUCAUCGUGUGGCGGCGGUUUAAGUGGGUCAUCAUCGGCCUGCUGUUGCUGCUAAUCCUGCUGCUCUUCGUGGCCGUGCUCCUCUACUCCCUCCCGAACUAUUUGUCAAUGAAGAUUGUGAGGCCAAAUGCAUAAUGGAAGCAAGGGCUUCUUUUCCAGAGUCAUCCAGCAAUGAGGGAAUCCUGUCUCUGUUUACAGAUCAAAACCGAGAGUGAUUUUGUUUGUGUCUGAGACUAUAUUCCAGGGGCAUGUUACACUACUUCACCGAGGCCCAUCACUUCCCAGAGGCUCUAAGUCCAGGUCAGGCCAACAAGCAACAUUUUUAUCUUUUGAAGUAUUAAAAGUUUUAACCAUGUUUUUUCAGAAUACUUUUCAAGGUGGCUGGUUCCAUUUAAAAAUCAUCUUUUUUUCCUGUGUCCUAGUUCUAUAAUUCAAUUUUUGGAAAUUGCUGAAGUCAAAUUUGAAAAUUUCUGCAUCUCGACUUCAUAUACUUCUUUAUCUAUAGUUAACAAAAAAGGACUGUGCAUUAGCAAGUAGUUAGAAUAGGUGGAGGAAUUUUUAUUUAUGCCUGCAACCAUUGUUAUAUUUUGUAUGGAUAAAUGUCAUGAGACUAUUCAUCCUCUGUGAUGAACCCAAAUAAAAACAUUCUGCCUCUGACAA